AUGUGCCUCUGGCAAUGUCCCGCCUCGAGCCAAGCUGGUGCCAGUGGCCUGCUGACGCAGCCGAGCCUAAGCCCCCCCAAUACUAGAACUCGUGACGCUACUGCAGGCUCCAUCCCGCUCGACACUCUGGAGAGGCCGUCCCUCGCCCGUGGCGGCGGCUGUGGCGUCAUGGCUUGGGCGAUACGAGCGCCAAUCGUCCACGCCGCAUCCGCGAGCCUAGCCUAG